AUGGACUCUGCAUUCCUUGGCCGGCCGCCGCUCCGCCGACGCGCCCUUGGAGACGGCACAAAUCGUGCAAACGAGGGCCCACGCAGCCAGCGACGUGACGAAAAGCACGACAGUGCCCAUGUGCCAUCCGCCUCGCCCCAGCCGCUCCCGCACAACGAGUCUAUCGUCCCAAAUGGCUCUCUUUCCAUCCGCCACGAGCAAGCUUCUCUGGAAAACAAGCAUCUUUCUGCUGUUCAGGCCCACGAUGGUCGCCCGCCUAGCUCCAAGCGCGACUCUGAGAUUUCCAACACCAGCACCAAUGCCUCUAGCUCGAACCGCCGCCGCAAGACACACAUUGGCCCGUGGCAGCUCGGCAAGACCAUUGGCCGCGGCGGCUGCUCGCGUGUGCGGCUGGUCAGACACUCUGGAACCGGGCAGUACGGCGCUGCCAAAAUCAUCUCCAAGGCCACAGCCGAGAAAGUGCGUGCUUUGAGCCUGGCCAACCUCAUCAAGAGUGCCGAGCAGGAUCCGACGCUUUAUUCUGAUGGCAAAGUAAUUCCCUUUGGCCUAGAGCGUGAGAUUUGCAUCAUGAAGUUGUUGGACCAUCCCAACAUUGUCCGUCUGUACGACAUUUGGGAGAAUCGAGACGAGCUCUACCUCAUCAUGGAGUUUGUUGAAGGCGGCGAGCUCUUCAGUUACAUCCACGAACAGGGCGGCUUGAUCGAAAUCCACACUGUACAUAUCUUCCGCCAGAUCAUCGCAGCCUUGAUCUACUGCCACCGAAUCAAUAUUCACCACCGCGACCUCAAGCCUGAGAACAUACUGCUGGAUAGAGAUACCAUGACAGUCAAGCUGGUCGACUUUGGCAUGGCUGCUCUGCAGCCGGCUGGAAAGCAGCUCACCACACCUUGCGGCAGCCCCCAUUAUGCAGCCCCCGAGGUUAUCAAGACUACAUCCUACGAUGGCGGAAAAGCAGACGUUUGGAGUUGUGGAGUCAUCCUAUUCGUUCUCUUGACAGGCACGCCUCCCUUCAACUACUCGGGCGACGACCGUCAUUUGAAGCAUCUGUUUCGCGACAUUGCAGAAGCCAAGUAUGUCAUGCCCGACAACAUCUCUAAAGAAGCCCAGGAUCUGAUCAAGAGAAUAUUGGUGCCCGAGCCAAAGCGCCGUAUAUCCCUUGAAGAAAUCUGGAAUCACCCCUUCUUGCGCAAGUAUCAGCAAGAGCUGAAUUUCCAUGGAGAGAACGCUCAUCUUGAUCACUGGACUGGCCCCCUUCCUGCUAUAGCAGAUUGGGUACCGUUGAACCGAGCCACGAUUGAUCGCGAGAUUCUGAGAUAUCUGCGUACGCUCUGGCACAGCGAGAAGGAAGAAACUGUGAUCCAAAAGUUGAUGAGUAAUGAACCAAAUCAGGAAAAGUACUUUUAUUCUGCACUUCGCAAGUAUCAUACCGACCAGUUGGAGAAUUAUCAGCCGAGCGCUCAUCAUGCUGUUGCGCAUUCCAACAGCGAUCACCAUCACAACACGCGUUAUUCGCCUACGCGCUUAGACAUUGCAAAGCUCCCGUCGAAGCAGCAUAACCGUUCACAGUCUGCGUAUUCGAUCCUCAACAAUGAACAUCUCUACUCGAAGCACAGCCUCUAUGAGUCGCCAGCUUCCGAAGCGAGCUACGACCCCUAUCGAGCCUCGAGACAGCCUGUAAUUCCUGUUCCUGGGGAUACGCCAUUGAGCCAGAAUGUCACAGUGCAUCGCAGGCACAGCAACCGUAGUGAAAAGCCGCGUCCUACCACAGCCCUGGGACACCGGACAGGUAGCUCAUUGCGCAUCCAAGCUCUGCGGCAUAGUUCCAAGCGUAGUUCUGCAAUGUCACGCGGCUCCUCAAGUCGGAGCAGCCCAUCUCACCGCACUAUUCCUGUUCAGCGACACUCGAUGUCACGGUCGUCUUUGGCAAGCUCGCAUUGGCCUAGCAGUCCACCUGUCAUUCCUCGCGCUGGCGGUAUAGGUAAGCGUGGUGUGAGCUUCUCGCAUCUACGUGACCGUCGGUCGUCGGCAGCUACAGCCAGCAGUUGGCAGACUGAAGUUGGGUCUUGUGCCGAUUACAUGUCUCAUAGGCCUCACACAUCGACCGGGUCGUACGGACCAGCCACAAGGGCAAGCACUGCUCGAUCGAACGCCAAGGCAAAAGUUCCCGUUAGCACGGAGAUUCCGCGGUUGAAGCUUCGUAAGCCAGAGAGUCCCACCAAGUACAUUCAGGGUGAGGUCCGCAAGGUCAGCAUGGAGCUGGGAAAGGUCAUGGAAGAAGCUUUCAAUCGAUCGUCGGUCGGUUCAAGCAUUCGGUCAGGUACAGAUGCCUACCACAACACCUCCCAGUAUGACAGCCCACCCACAUCCUUCUCCAAUACACGAGAUUCGGGCGCCAGUACACUGGCCACUACUCCAGGUGCUAAGAUGCUGUCUGGAGAGCGGCCACUACCGCCACUGCCCGCCGAGACGCCAAAUACCUUUGUUCAACGAAAGCUGGCAGAGACACGUGCAGAGAUUGCUCGGAGGCUCCAUGAAGAUGACAGCACCGAACAUUUCAAUGAAAUCCUUGAGCAUCUCGAUCGCUUAAUGGUGCCUGCAGCCGUUGGAACCAAGCGUAUCGCUUCUGCACCUGCAAAGUCGCCUGAGUAUGGACCGCUACAUGUGAUCCCAGAGGAAGUGAAGACCGAUAGUGGAGACGGGUUUGGUAGCCUGAUCCCCCAUUACCGUUCUGUCACUGACCCUGUUAGACCUCAGGGACGCCGUUUCGUACCCGAACAGCAGCAGACGAUUCGCAUCGUCGAUGGAUCGCCCACUCGUGUCGCGCCUCUGAAUAUCCGCAAGCGGAGCGGUGCAAGCCUCAAGUCAACCAAGACUAUCAGCGAAGCUACUGUUGCACCACCUCUUGGCUCUUACGAUCACUCUACUGUUAGACCGUACCAAGAUGUACAGAAUGAGUUGCCUAUAACUCGUACGAAUAACGUCGCUCCUGCGCUCGAAAAGCAGAACACCGUGGUCAAGAAGAAGAAGUCGUUGUGGUUUCGUCGAAAUGCAGAUGACAGGGAGCGAGACCAGAAUGAAAAGGAGAACGAAGUCAAGAAGAAGCAAUCGAACGGGCUGCUUCAGAUUCCCGAGGCGUGGCAAGGUCUCGACGACCGCCUCAAGAACGACCCUGCUCCCUUGACGAAAACCGGUAGUCUUAAACAUAACCAAAAGCAGUCAAACGGAAGCAAUGAGAGCGAAUUCCCCAUGCGCAACGCCGAUGGCACGACUCGCAAGGGCUUCUUUGCAUUCUUUGGAAAGAAGUCCAGGGACGAGAAGGCGAAGAAGCCAAUGGACCUAGGAGGAGUCAACUUUAGUUCCUCUUCCAUUUUAUCCAACUUCGAUCUGGGUCCCGGCAGCAGUAACGAUGCAGCCCGCACCGGCCCGCCUGAGAUGCAGAUGAACUGGUUGUCUCACUUUCUGCACAUCAAGCCUGCUAGCAAAACCCUGUGUUUCCAAAUCGGCCGUGGCAAAGUUCGUCAAGACCUUGUCCGUCUGCUGCGUGAUUGGCAGCGUUUCGGCGUUCACGACGUGUCAUUGGAUCGCGAGUCGAAUUCCAUCAAUGCACGCAUUGACAAGAAUAAUCACCUGAAGAUCAAGCCUGUAUCCUUUGUCAUUGAACUCUUUGUCGUACUCGAACACGGGCGCCGCGCCAACCUCUGCCUCGCGCGGUUCACGCAGACACGCGGUGCAGCCUCCAGUUUCCGCAAGGUGGUGGAUAUUGUUGAAGACGUGUGUCGCGCUCGCUGCAUGCUGGUCGAGGACGAGCAAAAGAGGGCUUCGAUGAUGGAGGUCUUGGGCUAG